UUUUUUUUCUUUAUUUUUUUCCCUUCCCUUUUCACGUCGCCUUCGCUCUUCAUCCCUUCGGAUUACCGCCAAAUUAACAUACCCAACGGUUUUGAUCAUACUAUCUUCAAGCGGGCUUCAGGGAAUUGAUCGCCCGAGAGUCCACGCACUCACCAUGGCCUCAUUCAAGGAAUUAUCUCUUUCUCGCCCUCUACCUCAGUCCAACCCACGCCACCAUGCCCAUUCCAUCUCUCUUGGUGCGGUCAACGCUAAUCAUCGGGUAACUCGCCGGAAAAGUGUCACCACUGCUGCUGCCGCCAACGCUGCCGCCGCAGCAGUUGCUGCCUCCUUGAAGGAUUCGGUUGGGGAGUCAGUAGGAGUUUCUAUGCCUCCGCAUCGUCGAGGGAGCCGAAAAGGCUUGGAAUCUAGUUCGGUCGGGGCCCCCUCCGGCUUCGGCUCUUAUUUAUCACGGAGCAUGAAUAGCCCCAGCCAUGAGCCGCCGGUCGCUCGCAAGGCCUCGCCAACCAACUCAAAUGACUCAUCCUCGUCAAACCUCACGACUGUAGAUGGAAACCAUUCUGCCAACAAGUCAGCCAACAAUAAUAAGAACCGAAACCGUCGGGCCAGCGAGGGAUCGCACCUUAUCAAGGGCGAAGGGAAGCGCUCCAUGACAGAACUUCGCUGCGAUCGUUGCGGGAAAGGGUAUAAGCAUGGCAGUUGCUUGUCUAAGCAUAUGUGGGAACAUGACCCUGCAUGGGCUAUUACCUCGAAACUCCUGAUCUCUAAGCAUCAACAAGUCCAGCUGCUCGAGGCAGCCUCCGUUUUGGUAAAUAUGAACCAGGAUGGUCCGCCAGAAGGCGCGGAGGCCGAGUCGGAAGCAUCAUCGGUGUCCCCUGAUGCCUCUUCAGAACUUCGAGAUGGGCUCAGCUCCGCAGAGACCACUCCGCCCCCGAUGGACGAGGAUGACGAGGACGAUGAAGACAUGUCUCCCGAGCCCACUAUGGAGAAGCGGUUCAGUGUCAGUACUGCAUCGGGCCUCCUCUCUCACUCUUAUCAGUCCAUCCCCUCGAGCUCCUUUACCGGCAGUGCUCCAUGGCAUUCGCCAGCGUUCUCACACUACCGCCACUCGAGUAUCGAUACCCGACCUUCGACCGCGGAAGCCAAAUUGCACGAAGAUGACGAGGCGGAUCUCGCUGCAGCCAUCGGUCUCUGCACCUUCAACACCCCUCGUACGAGGCCCGUGCCAAUGUCCCCUAGUGUCCCCCCCGUCCCUCCAUUGCCAAGUCGCUUCCUUGACCAGGCCGGUGCGAGUGGUAAUGAGAGCCAGAGCCUGGAUCAGUCGGCAAUCAAGGAGGCAGAUGCUCUUUUCCCGAACUCUACCCCGAACCUUUUCCUCUCGCUCUCGUAUAACCCUUCCCUGUCGUACAAGGUGUCAGAUGAGCGAGAAGUGAAGAUGGGCGAUGCGGAUCGCACUACACGGCAGAGUCGUAAUGCAGACGUGGAUUUUGGGCACCGGCCUACUGCGGCCGAUGAGGACGAUGAUGGCGUUUUUGGUCGGAUGGAGGAGUAAACAACCCACUCUUCUUAUACCCUCUUGGAUCAUCUUUCUGUGUGAUUCUCACGAACUUCUCUUCGGCCAUAGAUUCUAGCCGAUUGGGCUGCUGCGCUGCAGCAGUGACUUUUCAUGACAUGUACGAGCUCGCGCGUAUUUUGCGAACGUUGGUUUUUCUGUGGUUACUUGUGUUGUUUGAACAACCCCUUUUUGCGUGUAUGACAGGUUACUAGGGAAUGUAUCACCCGUUGGCACUUCGUGUGACCUUGGGGCCCUGGUAUGCAUGAUCGAUUUGAAUGGAUCGUCUAGGUCUUAUUCUUUUUAUUAUUUGCCUUCUCUCUUUUCAUUGGUUUCUUUUCUCUUUCUCUCCCUUCAUAUUCCCACUAUUGCCACUCAAUUACUCCAUUCUGACUACCCAUGUAUCAUUUUAUUUGUAUCACAGCAUUUGCAUCGCCCUCAUAUACCGGACCAGAGCCCUUCACAUGAGUCCGUCGACUAUUUCCUUUUUAUAUGUGUACACAAACUCCCAAUGGGAUACCAUUAAAUACAUCAUACUGGGUUAUACUUGUCA